AUGCCUUCCAUUGACGGUACCCCCCAAACGCUGUACGACAAGGUUCUGGCCGACCACAUUGUGGACCAGAAGCUGGACGGUACGGUGCUUUUGUACAUUGACCGGCAUCUCGUGCAUGAGGUCACCUCACCGCAAGCUUUUGAGGGCCUGAAGAACGCAGACCGCAAGGUCCGGAGGCCGGACUGCACCCUUGCGACGACGGAUCAUAACAUCCCGACGGUCUCGCGAAAGACGCUCAAAGACAUUGCCAGCUUCAUCCAGGAGGAUGACUCGCGGACGCAGUGCGUCACGCUGGAGGAGAACGUGCGGGACUUUGGGGUGACGUACUUUGGGCUGGGCGACAAGCGGCAGGGUAUCGUGCACGUGAUUGGGCCGGAGCAGGGCUUCACGCUGCCGGGCACGACAGUGGUCUGCGGCGACAGCCACACGUCGACGCACGGGGCGUUUGGCGCGCUGGCGUUUGGCAUCGGGACGAGCGAGGUGGAGCACGUGCUGGCGACGCAGUGCCUGAUCACGAAGCGCAGCAAGAACAUGCGAGUGCAGGUGGACGGUGAGCUGGCGCCAGGCGUGACGUCGAAGGACGUGGUGCUGCACGUGAUUGGGCUGAUUGGCACGGCUGGCGGCACUGGCUGUGUGAUCGAGUUCUGUGGGUCGGUGAUCCGCAGCCUCAGCAUGGAGGCACGCAUGUCGAUCUGCAACAUGUCGAUCGAGGGUGGUGCGAGGGCCGGCAUGGUGGCACCAGACGAGAUCACGUUUGAGUAUCUCAAGGGACGGCCGUUGGCACCACCGUACGGCUCAGACGAGUGGAAGCGGGCGGUGGCGUACUGGAAGCAGCUGCAGUCGGACGCUGCGGCAACAUACGACAUUGACGUGUUUGUGGACGCCAAGGACAUCAUCCCGACGGUGUCAUGGGGCACGAGCCCAGAGGCCGUGGUACCGAUCACGGGGCGGGUGCCGGACCCAGAGUCGUUUGCGGACGAGGCGAAGAAGACGGCGGCGCGGCGGAUGCUCGAUUACAUGGGCCUGACAGCGGGCACGCCGAUGGAGGAGAUCCCGAUCGACAAGGUGUUUAUCGGGUCUUGCACAAACUCACGGAUCGAGGAUCUGCGGGCAGCUGCAGCGGUGGUGCGCGGUCGCAAGAUUGCAGUCAACGUGAAGCGGGCGAUGGUGGUGCCGGGAUCGGGACUGGUCAAGACGCAGGCCGAGCAGGAGGGCCUGGACAAGAUCUUCACGGAGGCGGGCUUCGAGUGGCGCGAGGCGGGCUGCAGCAUGUGUCUGGGCAUGAAUCCGGACAUCCUGUCGCCACAGGAGCGUUGUGCCAGCACGAGCAACCGCAACUUUGAGGGUCGGCAGGGCGCCGGCGGCCGGACGCACCUGAUGAGUCCGGUGAUGGCAGCCGCAGCCGGCAUCGUGGGCAAACUGACGGACGUGCGCAAGCUGACGACAUACACGGACAGCCCGCAUGUGGGUGCGUUCCGGGCGCGGCCGGAUCCGGAGCCGACGACGACGACGACAAGCAGCGGCAAGGCCCACGUGGACGAGCGAGUGGAAGAGGACGACGAGGAGAAGGAGGCGAUUGCAGACCAGCCGCAGGACAUUUCACCACACGUCAACUCGGCGGUGGCCGGACAUGGAGCUGUAGGCGGACUGCCAAAAUUUGUGGUGCACCGGGGCAUCGCGGCGGUGAUGGAGCGGACAAACGUGGACACGGACGCGAUCAUCCCGAAGCAGUUCCUCAAGACGAUCAAGCGGACAGGCCUAGGCAAGGCGCUGUUCAACGACUGGCGAUACCUGGCGGACGGCAGCGACAACCCGGACUUUGAGCUGAACCGGGAGCCGUUCCGGCAAGCCAAGAUUCUGGUGGUGACGGGCGGCAACUUUGGGUGUGGCAGCUCGCGUGAACACGCGCCGUGGGCGCUCAACGACUUUGGGAUCCGCAGCGUGAUCGCGCCGUCGUUUGCGGACAUUUUCUUCAACAACUCGUUCAAGAACGGGAUGCUGAUGAUCCCAAUCGCAGACGCGGCCAAGCUGGAGGCGAUCGCGGCCGAGGGUCGUGCUGGACGGGAGAUCGAAAUCGACCUGCCGAAGCAGGAGAUCCGCGAUGCCGAGGGCAAGACGAUCUGCGGCUUUGACGUGGAGGAGUUCCGCAAGCACUGUCUGGUCAACGGACUGGACGACAUUGGCCUGACCAUGCAGAUGGACGACAAGAUUGCCGCGUUUGAGCGCAAGAUGACGCUGGAGACGCCUUGGCUGGAUGGCCGGGCGUACCUGAAGCGUGGCCGCAACGGCCGUCUGUUGGCCAAGGCAGUGCCGGUGGCAACGACGAAUCGGGGAGAGCCGUUGAAGGCGAUGGAAUGGUGA